AUGGCGGCCCAAGAGAAAAUAUCGGUCUAUAACACAGCUGACCUUAAGAACACAUCCGAUGAUGCCAUACCCAAUUACCUUAACUCGCUCAAGUUCAAGCAGUCGCACACACUCACAGACGUGCGCUUGACGCUUGGCUAUUCAGCCUUUGCCAUAUCGGCCGCCUGUUUCUUCUGGGACUACAAACUGGGCUUUGACAGCACCAAGUACUACACGGCCGCCGCCGUCGCCCUCUAUGCCGUCUUGAACGGCGCCCUCUCCCUUUGGGCAUUCUUCGUGGAGAAGAACAUUGUAUACGUUGGCACAGCGCCAAGCGGUGAAAAGGUUCGGUUUAGUGAUCUACGGGAAAUCACCAUCCCCGGAUUUGCGUUGAGCAUUGCGGCCACUACUAACACGUCAGUCGUCACCCAGAUCACCAUAGCGUCUAGCGUCCACAAGUAUGACCCUACCUACAGGCUCACCAUCACAAUAGUCCCCAAGGGCUCUUCCAAGGGUCAGACCAUCGAGGUCGCCCGUCCUUUUGCGGAGUGGUUCGACUCGGUUGGUCACUUCAUUGCCGCACCUUUCCAGACGAUGCUGGCUACUUCAGUACCGGCGAUAGCCAAGGUGGAUUCCAAGAGGCUUGCGGCCCUUCCCGCCGCUCAGGAAGAUACUUCGGCACCCAAGGAAGAUGGUUACAAUGCCGAGAUUUUGGAUGCUAUUUUGGCGUCAUCUGGGUCAGCGACAGGUGCAGAUCCCUCCGGCUCAGUAUCAGCCAAGAAGGGUGGGAAGCGCCGCAAGGCGUAA